AUGCGUUACGAAAACUGGGAUGUGUUGCUCUUCCCCGAGGGCUCGAAGGUGCCCAUUCAGGAAUUCAAAACGCAAUGUUUCGUGACCAAAGACCUCGAUUCCCCCUAUCUACAGCUUCCUGCUGUAGUGAGCCCCGCCCAAUACUAUCCUAUCCAGGGCAAUGUCGGCCAGGUCCCCGUCUUGACAACGUUUGUUCCCAGCAUGACCAAAGACAGUCCCUUUCGCGUGUCCAUUCACAGUUGGGACAAGCCACAACCUAGCCGAUUCAUCGAGAGAUUGAUGCUGCCGGAGGAUAUGCUGAUGUUUGAGGCUCGGGUCUUUAUUGAUGGCGUUCUUGUUGCGGGUGGUAUAUUUGGCCAAAGAGCUUUGUGGCCGUAUAUCAUCGAUUUCAGUUCUCGUACCGAAUCCCUCACCGUCUCGUAUCAAGAAUCUUGCUUUACUGACUGUAUUGCAGACAUUGAUAGAGACGGUAAUCAAGAAUUCCUUCGCUUUCCGACCUUUCAUCCGGAUAUUCUGGACCAGCGACACUGGGAUGCUGGUGACCCAUACGGCCGCAUAAAGGUGGUUAUUGCCGAGGGAUUCGCUCGUCCGAAUCGAUCUCCUCCUUUUGAGAGAGUCAAAGAUGUGAUCUCUAUGUCUUUUCAGCAUGCUCCACUUAAUAUUUUAGAGUAUUCCAACAUCGCUUGGCCCAACCCUAGUAUGUGGACCGACAAUCUGCCAAUCGGUUCUAAAUACCAAUCUACAGGGAAUAUUGGUGGAUCGACCCUCGAUGGGACGCCUCAUGGCCAUUCUCCAACUAGAGUCGAACAUCGAUCACAGCCAGUGGCAGCCAGUCACUCCAGCAGCAAGCAGGGGAUGGUAUACAAUGCGUGGGUCUCCAAUCGUGCUUUUCCCGUUCCUGCAUCUCAGUGGCAACGCCAAUCUAAUGAGACUCGUCGAUGGGGAGGCUACCCGGACCGUUUCUUCGAACCAUUCAUGGGAGAACAAGCAAUCGACUCGUUAGUCAAUGAAGAGGUUUGGAAUCAUCGAGGUUGUCGGUUGUCUCGCGAAGAUGUUCCAAUGCCAGACUAUUCUACCUCUUCUGGUAGUCGUGCCAUCUCGAGCCUCACUGGAUUCAGCUAUGAGCACAGCAAACAGCCCAGCAUCAUAGCACCCAUGGAUGAUGAGCAGUACAAUGAAUUGAUUCAAGCUCUUACUCCUACAAAAGCACCCACCAUUGGUACUCGUGCACCUUCCAAUACCCCCUCGGCCAUCCUUGCACCAACCAAGACCGCCGCCGAAGUACGCCCUGCAGCAACCUCCCGAGGUAGUGCUCGCACUUCUGCAUUACGAGAGAUUUCACAACCCAGUACCCGAGACGUGUCAGGAUCGAGCAACAAGUCCAAUCCUACGGGCACGACCGUUACAACUCCGUCCAAGCUUGGUGUUAGUCCCAGUGGCAACGUCAAAGGUAAGAAAGAAGGGACCAAGGACAAUACCAAAGAAACGCCAAAGAAAAGCCCUAAGGAGGUUAUCGUUGAAGUGUCCGAGAAGCUUACCACACCACGGGGAAUUGAAAACGAGAAAAAAAAUGACGAAAAUUUGCGCGAGGAUGAAGAGAACGAAGCUGCUUCUGAAACUCUGCCCUGA